AUGCAUACCGUCCGUGUUUCAGUUCAUUGAUAGACUGCAUCCGAAGCAGGCGCAAAAUCGCAAAACCUCCAAACCAACCAUGUGGCAGCUCAUAAGGUCGCGAAUAUUAACGGUGAUAAUCUUUAUAAGUGCUGCUCAUGGGCUUCUUUUCGUGGGUCCAAAAUUCAUCCGGGACAACCAAAGCUACACACUGACGAUCAGCAACUUUUACUCAAAUCCAAGGAAAAUGGACUUGAUGGUGAAGCUGGAAGGCCAAACAGAUAAUGGUUUAAGCGUUUUGAAUAUUACCAAGAUGAUCGAAGUGCGAAGUAAUUCUAUCCGGAUGAUCAGUUUCAGCAUGCCAGAUAAUCUGUCAACUGGUGACUACAAAAUAACCAUCGACGGACAACAAGGUUUUAACUUUCAUAUGGAGACAGACCUGUUUUAUCUAAAAAAAUCGGUAGCAGGGCUAAUACAUGUCGAUAAGCCCGUAUUUAAACCUGGCGAUACGGUGAACUUCCGUGUGAUCGUGCUGGACACGGAGCUAAAGCCGCCGGCGAGGGUUAAGUCGGUUCAUGUAACUAUCCGAGAUCCUCAGCGCAAUGUGAUUCGCAAAUGGUCCACGGCAAAAAUGUAUAACGGUGUGUUCGAAGGUGAUCUGCAGAUAGCGCCUACUCCAAUGCUCGGGGUCUGGAAUAUCUUGGUGCAGAUGGAGGGAGAAGAGCUUGUGUCAAAGACGUUUGAGGUGAAGGAGUAUGUGUUGUCAACGUUCGACGUGCAGGUCAUGCCAUCGGUGAUUCCACUGGAAGAGCAUCAAGCUCUAAAUCUUACAAUCGAAGCGUACUAUCACUUUGGUAAGCCAGUGCAAGGAGUGGCUAAGGUGGAGCUAUACCUAGACGACGAUAAGCUAGAUCAACAGAAAGAGAUUACCGUUUACGGAAUUGGUCAGGUAGAGUUGCGCUUUGCUGACUAUUUCGAUAUGUACGAAGAUCAGCAGGAUGUGCGAGUGAAGGUGACGUUCAUCGAGCACUACACAAAUCGUACGGUGGUCAAACAGUCACAAAUAACGGUUUACAAGUAUCAAUACCGAGUACAAUUAAUCAAAGAAAGUCCUCAGUUUCGUCCAGGGCUUCCGUUCAAAUGCGCGCUUCAGUUUACACACCAUGAUGGAACACCGGCUGGCAACCAGGUGGAGGUUACCGAUGUAGAAUUCGAAACGACAGCAACGAGUGAUAACGAUGGAUUGAUUAAGCUUGAGCUGCAUCCAAGUGAGGGUACUGAACAACUCGGUGUUAACUUUGACGCUGUUGAUGCAUUCCUUUUUUACGAAGAUGUGAAUAAGGUAGAAACGGAUGCUUUCAUUAAACUGGAGUUGAAAUCACCCAUCAACCUGAACAAAUUAAUGCGCUUCAUUGUAACAUGCACGGAGCGCAUGACAUUCUUCGUGUACUAUGUUGUGUCAAAGAGCAACAUCGUCGAUGCAGGCUUCGUGCGACCAAAAAAUGAGACAACGUUCCUACUGCAACUGUACGCAACGGAAAAGAUGUUUCCAAACGCGAAAAUGCUUGUAGCUACCGUUACCGGUCGCACUGUGGUGUACGACUACAUAAACCUCGAUUUCCAAGUGUUUCACAAUAAUUUCACUUUAAGCAUUGACGAGCAAGAGAUCAAGCCGGGACGACAAAUCGAGCUGAGCAUGUCUGGACGCCCAGGAGCGUACGUUGGGCUGGCCGCCUAUGACAAAGCCUUGCUUUUGUUUAACCAGAACCACGACCUUAUCUUGGACGACUUCUUGAAGGUGUUUGACGGGUUCCAUGUUCAUCAUGAAGGUGAAUUUGACCAGUUGCACACCAUGGGACUGUUUGCCAGGACACUGGAUGACUUCUUAUUUCAAAAUUACAAUCAUAAAUCAGAGCGCAAUGGACAGCAGAUGGAACAAACGGUGGUCAGGAAACAGUUCGUGGAGUCAUGGCUUUGGAAGAAUGUGACCAUUGAAAGCUCUGGUAGUCUCAAGCUGACUGAGGUUGUGCCGGAUACUACGACCUCUUGGUAUCUUACGGCCUUCUCGAUCGAUCCCGUCGUCGGGUUGGGUAUCAUUAAGAAACCGAUCGAGUUCACAACAGUCCAGCCGUUUGUCAUUAUGGAAAGCUUGCCAUAUUCAAUCAAGCGAGGUGAGGCGAUUGAGAUACAAUUUAUUCUUAUCAGCAGCCUUCAAGAAGAGCACACCGUUGACGUGACGCUGUACAAUGAGAACAAUGAGAUGGAGUUCAUAGGACGUUCGAUUGCUAACGCAAGCUACACCAAAUCGGUUAGCGUUCUACCGAAGGUGGGGAAGCCGAUUUCAUUCCUGGUGAAAGCAAAGAAGCUCGGCGAGAUGAUGGUUCGUGUGAAAGCCUCUAUAGCAAAUGGAAUUGCGGAGGAUGCACUGGAGAAGGUGAUACGGGUCACGCCAGAAAGCUUGGUACAGUCAGGAGUGGAAUCGUUCGGAUUUUUCAUGAACACGUACCAGAAUCGAACGUUUUUAGUGAACCCAAACAUCGACAAAAAGGCCGAUAACGGAUCGGUUGAGAUCAAGCUCAGAUUCAAUCCCAACUUACUUAUCACCGUGAAGGACAACUUGAACGAUAUUCGCACUGAUUGGAGUAGAUGUAACGAAGGCAUAAGAGGCACGCUUAAUUUCGUUGUUCAUGAUUACCUGAAUACCAUUGGGUCAUCAGAUCAAAUAUCAUCCGACGAUAGUGCAAAAAUAAUAAUACAUUUUGUACGUCUACAGAAGUGCUUCAUUUCCAAAGCUCCAUGGCGGAAUAAGGUGUUUGAUACUGCAUUCCUAGUAAAUGCGUUGAAUAAUGCAAUGAAAUAUGUAUACUGGAAUGACAAGCAUAAACUUGAGAAAAUUUUCGCCUGGCUGGCCUCACAACAGCACCAUUCCGGAAGUUUCAAGGAAACCGAAUCCGAUCUGCACUAUAAACGCAGUGAAGUAGCACUAACGUCGUACGUGUUGGCAGUCAUGCUGGAGAACGAAAGCGCCAAAAUGCAGCACGCUGUGGUGUUAGAAAAGGGAAUGAGUUUUCUGAGCGAUCAAUUGGAUUUAAUCACAAGUGCAAAUGAUUUGGCGAUAGUGACCUAUGCGAUGAUGUUGUAUGGGCACAGGCUAAAAGACGCUGCGUUCGAAAAGCUGAUCGAUAUGUCAACCAUUACCAACAAUGGAACGGAACGAUAUUGGAACACGUUGAACAGCGUGGAGGCAACAUCUUUUGCUUUGCUAUCGCAUGUGUUGGCCAACAAGUUGCUAGAAGCUUUGCCAAUAAUGCGUUGGUUGGUGAAUCAGAGAAGCGAAUUAGACAGUGUUUCUGGGCAACAAAAUACCUAUUUGCGUCUCAAAGCGUUGUCCAGCAUAGCGAAAAAGAUAUCUCCAUCCCGAAACGACCUUGUCGCAAAGCUAAAGUACAAGCAGAGUACGCAAUUGUUGCGUUUGAAUUCAUAUAGCAAUAUGAUACUAAUCAUGACCAUACCGCAAGACGUGAGGAAAUUUGAAAUCACAGUAAUGGGUAUUGGGGCUGGACUGCUUCAGGUGUUUUAUCGAUAUAACUUGAAUCUCAUGAACUUUGAGCAUCGAUUCAAGCUGGACUUACAGAAACAGAUCACAAACUUUGACCAAGAGCUGAAGCUGAAUGUGUGUGCCAACUACAUCCCCACAGUGUCUGAAAGUCGAUCAAACAUGACGCUGGUCGAGGUGACGUUACCGAGCGGUUACGUUGUCGAUCACAAUCCGAUCAGUGAGCAGACGACGGUGAAUCUAAUUCAGCGCAUUGAAAUUCGUUACGGUGGCACUUCGGUCGUUUUGUACUACAACAGUAUGGGCUUGGAGCGGAACUGUUUCACUGUGUCCGCCUACAGACGCUUGAAGGUAGCACUGAAGCGUCCGGCGUAUGUGGUUGUGUAUGACUAUUAUGAUACAAAUCUGAACGCCAUCAAAGUGUACGAAGUAGACAAGCAGAAUGUUUGCGAAAUCUGCGAAGAAGACUGCCCAGCAGAGUGCAAGAUAUAGUGGCUGAGUUAGAGUUAAGGACAACUUGCAAUACUGAGGGAUUCAUGUUUUGAAACAGAUUUUUCUGAUACAUUAAUAGUCUAUAGAAAAUUGAAAAAUCGGUUUUGAAAGUGCCUAAAAAUCAAUACUAUAUCUAAUUUAACUGCAUGUCAUUUGUUUUGAUGAAAAGAGAGUAUCAAUUUGCUUAAUAAAACAACACACCGAAUAACAGUGCUGCAUAACGCCGCGAGCAUCAUG